AUGAUGCUGAUACUGUUUGGUGUUCUGCUGCAGCUGGUGGUGGCAACGUGGGCACAACAUGAUUAUUAUUAUUACUCACACCACGACGACUCAGAUGAUCAUUGGGUUAAUCUUUUCAGGCAAGGAUUCAAUUUCCAGUGCCCACACGGACAGGUCGUAGUUGCAAUAAGGAGCACAUUUAGCAAAAAAGAAGGAUCUGAUAGACAAUGGAACUAUGGAUGUAUGCCAACACCUUUUGAGUUUGGGGAACCUACAGAAUGUUGGUGGGAAGAAAUCAACAGAGCUGGAAUGGAAUGGUAA